AUGACAAACAACAAUGAGCAUGACACAGCGGUGCUUGAAGAAUUUCAAAGAAGCAUUCGUUGUGUGGACGGCCGGUACGAGGUGGCCCUACCCUGGAAACCUCGUACAGAAGAAUUGGAAGACAACUUCGAGGAACCCAACCGGCGACUGCGAGGACUUACAAGACGGUUACUCCAAAAUGACUGCUUGACGAAGUAUGGGGUUAUAAGGAGUUACCUUGAAAAUGGGCACGCCGAGAAGGCCAACGAAAACGCAGCCCUGAUUGGUUUGCAUUACUACAUGCCUCACAGGGCAGUAGUACGUAGCGAAUCCACGACAACGAAGAUACGUGUUGUGUUUGACGCCUCAUCACACGCAUCAGGAGCUACAUCGCUGAAUGACCACUUGGAGAAGGGGCCUAAGUUGGGAGCAGAUUUGGUGCCUGUCCUGUUGCGUUUCAGACUACACAGAAUAACAAUCACAGCGGAUAUCCGAAAGGCAUUUCUGCAAAUCGGCAUUCGAGAAAAAGACAGAGAUGCUCUCCCUUUCUUGUGGUUUAACCAUGCUCCAACAUGGGACGAUCCAAAGCCUGAAGUGGAGUGUUGGAGAAUGACGAGGGUGCCUUUCGGGACAUCGGCGAGUCCUUUCCUGCUGACUGCAACUCUACAGCAUCACCUGAGAUCAGUAGAGGGGUCGAACAAAGAUCCGGCCCAGGCACUAAUAAAUUCUUUAUAUGUCGACGAUCUGCUUGUGGGCGUAGUCAACGUUUUGGAAGGGAAACAUCUGGUCCAAAAGGCGAAAGACAUCUUUCAGAGGGCAGGAAUGAAACUAAGCAAAUGA